AUGAUAGUAAAGAGGAUAGUAAUGUAAUGAUGAUAAUGAUAUAGAGAAAAGUAAUAUUCCUGAUGUUUAGUCAUGGAAUGAAGAAGAAUAAUGAAGUGUAUCAUGUGGUAAAAAUAUAUUUCAAAUUAUUUUUCUGAAUUCUUCCUGUGUAAUAAUAUCCAACCUGUAUAUUUGGUUAAUAAGAUGUAAGUAAUACUGUAUUUUACAGAUCUGUAUGAUUGGGCUUGCAAAGAUAAUGAUUACCGUGGUACAGUAGUCAACAGGACAAUGGUCAAAGUGAAGAAUCAGUCAUCUCCUCGUUUAUCAAGAUCACCAAGCAGAAAAUCAUCCCUUAGAACUGGGAGCCUAGUUAAAGUUAAUGAACAAGAUGUUGCUCUUUUCCGCUAUGGAGAUGUUGUUUAUGCCAUCUCUGAACAUUGUCCUCACGCAGGUGGUCCUCUGCAUAUUGGUGACAUAGAAGAUGUUCCUGGGAAGUCUCUGUGUGUCAGAUGCCCAUACCAUGGUUGGAAAUUUGACCUCAAAACUGGUGAGAAAAUUAAGCCACAAAAGUCCUAG